AUGGAAGGGAGACCUAUUUCCUCCAGAGACUCGACGAUGCACAAACCUCGUGGAAGAAGCAAGACUGUGCGGGAGAAGUGGAUUGUCGACCCACUCAUUCGCAAGUUGACCGGAACCUUUAUUGACAAGGCCACGUCCAAGUACUACGGAGAGACCAAACACACAUACACCAGUGAAGCCAUCCUAUCCAUUGCAAUGACCUUCGACAUCUGCCCUGGAGUAAAAGCACAGAGACUUCACCGCGACGAUCAGAACUUCCACGUGGACCAUGAAGACCAAACGAAAUCAGGCUAUCGAGUUGGGUCGGACGUUAUGAUGAGCUUUAUGGUUCCUGGAGUAAAGACCACAUUCGAGAACGGGGCAACCCUGGCCAUCCCAGGCUCGCAUUUUUGGGAAUUCGAUCGUGCCCCCAAACUGGUGAAGCUAUCUGUGCCAAGAUGA